GUCGAACUGUGAUAAUUCUUAGAACCUGUAGAGAAAAAGGUGUAAAUAAGUGAACGGGGUUGGCAUCUAAGAUAUGUGUUAUUUAUGUUUUUAUGAAUAAUAAAAUAGAUAAUACUGUGUACAUAUGGGGGAUUAGAUAAUGUGGCGGAUUGAUAUGUGUGCGCGUGCGCGCCAUGCCCAUAUGUGGUAAUGCAGGAAACUUUUCUUCUGCAAACUUUUGUGACUUCUGUUUUUCAUGUAUACGUUCAUAUUAUAUUAUAUUAGUAUUUUAUUUAUGUCUUAUAUAAGUUAUUGUCUUUAAUCGUGCUAACUUAUUGGGCAGUGGUGUGUUUUUAUAAAGUCCGGAUGUAAUAAGGUCUGUGUAGUUUUAUGCUAACCGAUAGGUUAGCCCUGAGCUAACAGAGAAAAGUAGACGAAUCGGAUUAUCUAUUCCAACUGUGACGCUCGUUUGUUUAGAUUUUGUAACAUUUUUAUUAUCGUGCUGUUUGCAAGGAAAUAACUCGAAAUGGACCGAACAGAUAACAGUUGCUAACAGCUGAAGCCUGAGGAUCUUGAGUGCUGCAGCUGAGGAAUAUCCGCGCUAAAGCUACAUGACAGCAGGGAGAUGGAGCAUCUGCCCCUCGGGUCUAAUCAGCUCAGCUUGAGUGGCUCGGACGCAGACUCGGACACGGCGGAGGAGGAGGAGCUGGAAUGCGGGGAGAGAAGCGCCAAGCAGCGGCGGAGAGCGGAGCGGGACACCGGCGCCUCAGUCCCGUCCGUAACCCGCGCCAUGGUCGCAGGAGUAGCCGGGGCUAAACCGGGCAAAAAGACCCGAGGGAGAGUCAAAAUCAAAAUGGAGUUCAUUGACAACAAACUGAGACGAUACACCACUUUCAGCAAAAGAAAGACCGGCAUCAUGAAGAAGGCGUAUGAGCUGUCCACCCUGACGGGGACUCAGGUGCUGUUGCUGGUGGCGAGUGAGACGGGUCACGUAUACACGUUUGCAACACGGAAGCUGCAGCCGAUGAUCACGAGUGAGACGGGCAAGGCACUGAUCCAGACGUGUUUAAACUCUCCUGACUCCCCACGCUCUGACUCAGCUGCUGAUCAGAGAAUGAGCGCUACAGGCUUUGAAGAGACCGACAUCACCUAUCAGGUCACAGAGAGUGACGGCAGCACAGAGGAGAAGGAAGUUGUCAGGUCAGCAGAAACUGGUACAGUGAGCAGCAGUGUGGAGACUCCGUCCUCUUCCUCCGGUCAGUCAGAGAGCAGCAACCUCCUGCUUCCUUCUGCCACCUGCUGGUCAGUGUCUAACGGUACACUGGUAAAGACGUCUACCUCUGCAGCUGGAGUAAUGCAGCUCCCCGCUGGAUUCACAUUAGUGCCUGGUGCAGCAAUGUCUCAGCAGCUUCAGUCCUCAACUGAGAGCAGUGAAGUGCAGAAUUUCAGCAGCGCAGCCGGAAGUCACUCUGCAGUGAUGGCGUCGAUAGCGGGACAUGUGAUCUGCCCGAGCGCAGUGAUGUAUGCUAACUCAGCCUCCACGUUAGCGGAUCACACAAACGCACAUGAUGCACUUCCUCAGAUGAUUCUCACAUCUGCUAAUGGAACGGUUCAGAUUCCUGUCUCUGCUGUUCCUCUGCAUUCGAUGUUGAUAAAUCAGCAGAACUCCAGCAGCACACACACUCUGACAGAGUUACGUGGGGUCAACAUGGACAAUUCCAAACCUGAGUGAUGCACAAAUAAAAUGUGUGCAAUGAGAUGGGUGUAUUUCCAAUGCAACACGGUAUUUUUUUCCUUUUUUGCGGUUUUGACUUUCUGUUUUUCCCCUUCUUGUUUUGAGUGGUUUUGAUUCUUCUUCUUACGGUUUCUUCGGUUUCCUUACACAUGCGAACACGCUCUCCUCACACACACGCACUUAAAUAUGCUCAUAAUGAACCUGUUUGUUGUUUUUUUAUGUUUUUAAAUAAACUUCGGUCUAUUCUCCAAA